AUGGCUUCUGGUUCGCGUAAUGAUGAUCAGCGGCCGCCUACUUGCAUCAUUGUUCUGGGCAUGGCAGGGUCUGGGAAGUCUACAUUUGUGAAGAAACUGGUUGAAUACCUUAGCUCAAGUGAAAAUAAUCAACCAUAUACGAUCAAUCUGGAUCCCGCUGUUUACCGUACACCUUAUCACGCCAAUAUAGAUAUUAGGGAUACCGUGAAGUUCAAAGAAGUUAUGAAACAGUACGGAUUCGGCCCGAACGGCGCAAUUAUGACGUCAUUGAAUUUCUUUGCAGCGCGUUUCGAUCAGGUUCUAAAUCUUAUCGACAAGAAUGCGUCUCGCUAUCGCUACGUGGUUUUCGAUACGCCGGGUCAAAUUGAGGUUUUCACUUGGUCUGCCUCGGGAAUGAUAAUAACUGGGGCACUGGCAGCUUCGUAUCCUACUCUUGUGGUAUACAUAUUGGAUACGCCACGAAGUCACAAUCCUGUUACCUUCAUGUCGAAUAUGCUCUACGCGUGUAGCGUUCUGUAUCGGAUGAAGCUGCCCUUCAUAUGCGUUUUUAAUAAGACGGAUGUGAUUGAGUGUGAUUUCGCGGUUGAGUGGAUGCGAGACUUUGAGGCCUUCCAGAAGGCGUUGGACGCCCAGCGCUCAACCACUCUUACUAAUUCCAUGGCUCUUGUUUUGGACGAGUUUUACAACGACCUAAGAAGUUGUGGUGUUUCCUCAUUCUCUGGAGAUGGUAUACCGCGCUUUCUUGAAUUAUUAAUGGACGCCACGGCGGAGUAUUAUAAUGCAAGUUUCCUCAUUAAUCGUUGUCUGUUUGACAUUAAGACAGCUUGGCUUUUUAUUGGUGAUGCGACCGAUGAAAGGAGCAGUGUGGAGGGGUGCGGUGAGGAGGAGGAAGAGGAGGACAACUUUGAUGAAGGGGAGGGGCGACUCCGUGUGAAGCCCAUGCUGGUGGACUUAAUGGGACACGACGACAAUGCGAACUCUGACCCCCUCGUCCAUUUGGACGGAGUUGAGCAGAGGCCUGGUGAUGGCCAAAUAGACGGUCAGUUUGCGUUAGUCUUUUAUCCAUCCCUGAAUUAG